UAUAUCAACAUGAAGUUAUUUCAACAUUUGUGCCUAAUUCUACUCGCAUUGGUGGCUGACUGCUCGUCUCAAAGAUGUAGGAAUAGUCCACGUGUCUCCACCUGUGUUGGUCCACGUAAUACCGGUCGUAUCUGUCGCGGUUGUUUACCCAGUAUCAUGUGGUAUUACGAUGGUAGGCAAUGUCAUGAAAUGCGCUUUUUAGGUGCUAGUGGCAAUAGUAAUCGUUGGUGUACGAGGGCUAUAUGUGAGCAGAGAUGCCGUCGUUAAAUGUUUU